AUGGAACCGUUUACAACGGCUCAAACUGUUUACGAUGCCGAGCGGAAGCUUUGGUACGGCGAACCGUUACCGUCGGUAUGGAAUCCAGCUGCCGGUAUUGGCCGUGUUGUACUCGAUUCGUUGUCCCGCUGCCCUGAUCGGGUGAUACAGAUAAACGCGGACACAGGUCGGGAGACAACGUGCGCUGAUAUGAAGUUACGAAUUAUACGCGUUGCGCUGCAUCUCCGUCGCCUUGGUUACAAGCGUGGUGACUUUGUUAGUAUCGCCUGUGGAAAUGGGGAAAAUGUGGUGCCCGCGUUGAUCGGUUGUUGGGUGCUGGGAUUGGCCGUGAAUCCACUGGCACCGGUCUUUGGGCGGGAAGAUUUCGAACACAUGAUGAAACAAACACAAUCAACGCUCGUUUUCUGUGAUACGGCCAAUUACGUAGUGGUGUCCGAAGCGGUAAAGAAUGCAAUCCGUGCAAAGGUGCAACUGUUUGUGAUGGGUGACGCUCCGGUGGAUGGAAUGGGAAGGUCAGUCGAUGAGCUGCUGGAACCGAUCGAGGGUGAGAGCAGCUUCCGGCCGGAAUAUCUCGGCGAUGCUACCAAACUGCUCGCGAUGGUUCUGUGCUCGUCCGGUACUACCGGACUGCCGAAGGGAGUUUGUCUGUCCCAUGCACACUUUGUGGACGGAAAUGUCUUUUCCACAGAAAUCUCCGACGGACCCAUCUUUAACUUUAGCUCACUGUUCUGGGCUACCGGGAUCUUUGCGGUGAUGACAUCCCUGCUCCACAGUCGACCACGUGUCCUGACAAGCAAACUUUGCCAGCCGGAACUGCUGUACGAUCUGAUCGAGAAGUAUCGCAUCGAGAAUCUGUUUACACCGCCUGCCUAUGUGUCCGCCCUGUUGGCCCAUCCACGGCAUGCUACGGCAGACCUAAGUAGCGUUCGGCAGUGGCAACUCGGUGGUUCUAUGGUUCCGCCUGAAAUGAUCUUGCGGCUUCAGAAGCACCUUCCAAACGGGCACGUGCGCUCCAUUUACGGUAGUUCCGAGAUUGGAUUUAUUACACGGAACGACGCCAAAGUUAAGCCCGGUUCGGUCGGUCCACUUACGACGAACGUCGAGUGUCGGGUGGUGGAUGAGGACGGCCAAGAGGUAGGACCGGGAAUAUCCGGCGAGCUUCUGAUACGUUAUCGGUACAUGUUUUUGGGUUACCUUCACAACGAGGAAGCCACAAAGAAUGCCCUUACCGAGGAUGGGUUCUUCCGGAGCGGUGACAUCGGAUAUAUGGAAGCGGACGGCAGUCUGUACGUGAUCGAUCGUAUCAAGGAUAUCAUCAAGUACAACAACUUCCAGGUGUCACCGUCCGAUCUGGAAAGCAUCAUCCAGAAAAUCGAAGGCGUGAAGCAGGUGUGCGUGAUCGGGAUCCCAUCGCCGGACGGUGCGACCGAUCUGCCGAUGGCUGUGGUGGAGCUUAAAACGGGUAGCGCACUGCAGCCGGAAGAUAUUGUGCGACUUGUGGAUGAGCAGGUGACGGACUUUAAGCGACUGCGUGGUGGUGUGCGGUUUGUCGAAAAGUUUCCGAUGACACCGUCCGGAAAGGUAGUGCGGCGUCUUGUGAAGAAAAUGGUCAAUGAAGCUACAUAG